UGAAUCACCGCCUCUCUCCUCUUAUAAACCAAACCCUCACAAAUCUCAUCAUCAAGACGAGACCCUCUCCAAAUCCAAAUCUUUUCUCUUCUCUCCUAUAUAAACUCAAAACAAAAACCUAUAAAAGACUCUUCUUUUCAAACGUCUCCCUCUUAUUUUCCUCAAUUUCCCCCCUUUUUUAUUUUGUAGAUUUACCCCUUAAAUCCCCUAAUUUUUGUUUUUUUUUUUUUUUCUUUUAAAGGGUGUUGAAUAUGAUUAGAUUUGGAUAAAACUGUGGGAUAUUUCAUUCAUCUCCCCCAAAUUUUGUUGCUUUACCCCUUUAGAAACGCUAAUUUUUUGGUGAACGGGUUGAAUUUGAUUAGAUUCAGGCGAAGUUGUUUUACCCCUUUAAAAUCCCUAAUUUUUUGGUGAGCUGGUUGAAUUCGAUUAGAUUUGGGCGAAAUUCGAUAUGGGUUUUCCGAUUUUGGUUAUUUAGAGAAAAAACCAGGAAUUUUUUAGGGGAAAUUGGGGUUUUUUGGUGGGGUUUUUCGGGUGAGGAACAAAAAAGUGAAUGGCAGAACAAGGUGGCUUGGAAGGGAGCCAACCAGUGGAUCUUUCCAAGCACCCAUCUGGCAUUGUUCCCACUCUUCAGAACAUUGUAUCAACUGUGAACUUAGAUUGCAAGUUGGAUCUUAAGCAAAUUGCACUGCAAGCUCGAAAUGCAGAAUACAAUCCCAAGCGUUUUGCUGCUGUCAUUAUGAGAAUCAGGGAGCCAAAAACUACAGCUUUGAUUUUUGCCUCUGGAAAGAUGGUCUGCACCGGUGCUAAAAGUGAACAGCAAUCUAAACUGGCUGCAAGGAAGUAUGCCAGAAUUAUCCAAAAGCUUGGGUUUCCUGCUAAGUUCAAGGACUUCAAAAUUCAGAAUAUUGUCGGGUCCUGUGAUGUCAAAUUUCCUAUCAGACUGGAAGGUCUUGCAUACUCCCAUGGUGCCUUUUCAAGUUAUGAACCAGAACUCUUUCCAGGCCUGAUCUAUCGUAUGAAACAACCAAAGAUUGUCCUUCUUAUUUUUGUGUCAGGGAAGAUUGUGAUUACUGGAGCUAAGGUGAGAGAUGAGACAUACACAGCCUUUGAGAAUAUAUAUCCUGUCCUUACAGAGUUCAGGAAGAACCAACAAUGAUAUACCUCUGAAUGGAACUUUGACCCGGUUGUAGAUAGUAGGUUUUCCUCCGCCAUGGUGUUUGGAGUUGGAUUUGAAGUUUGAAUAUACGAAGAACGGGGAUUGGCACCUGGCUCUUUGGCUGUGGUUGUUACAUGGGGUCUUCUUUUUCCUUAAACUAAAGUUUAGAGUUGGAUUUGAAGUUUGAAUAUACGAAGAACACGGGGAUUGGCACCCAGCUCUUUGGCUGUGGUUGUCACAUGGGGUCUUCUUUUUCCUCAAACUAAGUACGGUGCUUGGAUGGAUGGUAUAUCAUUUGUGUAAUUAGUAACUUAGGAGGGAAGAGCAAACUGAAAAAAACAUGUUCAGGGUUACCUGUUGUAGACAUUUUACUUUCAAAUAAAAUAAUAGUAACUUCACUAAAAUUUUGACCCCG